CAGAAUCGUUUAGAAUGCGACGAAUCAAGAGCGAGCGAGCGACAUUUUAAACCCAUUGGAUAGGAAGUAGGAUACUGUGUGUUUGCCCUGCUGAAGCAAGUGUGUGUUCUCUCAGUUCAACGCAACUUUUUCUCGAAAAUGGCUCUCCGCAUCACAAGAAGUACUCGCCUGGCUGGUGAAAACGCCAAUGUCUUGCCUGGCAAGGCCGCCGCCGUGGGAAAGCCUGCGCUGAGGCCGAGGGCAGCUCUUGGUGAAAUCGGUAAUAACGUCGCAGUCUCACGGCCGACCUUGAAGAAGGAUGCCAAGGCAGAAGCUGUUAAGGUGGUUGAAAAGAAGCCAACAAAGCCAGAGAAGGCUCCAGAGGCUGAACCAAAAAUGGUCGCAAAGGCUGAGGUCGAACCUAAGAUUCUGUCAGCCCCUACCUCGCCUGUGCCCAUGGAGACCUCUGGUUGUGCAUCAGAAGACCUUUGCCAGGCCUUUUCAGAUGCUCUGAUUGAGGACAUCAAGGAUGUUGAUGCUGAUGACUAUGACAACCCCAUGUUGUGCAGCGAGUAUGUCAAGGAUAUCUACAAGUACCUGAGGCAAUUGGAGACUGAACAGGCAGUGAGGCCCACUUAUCUGGAGGGGCGGGAGGUCACUGGAAACAUGCGAGCCAUCCUUAUCGACUGGCUGGUUCAGGUUCAGAUCAAAUUUAGGCUGCUGCAGGAGACUAUGUACAUGACCGUCGCCAUCAUUGAUCGCUUUCUCCAGGAUAAUCCAGUCCCCAAGAAGCAGCUCCAGCUUGUUGGAGUCACAUCCAUGUUCAUCGCCUCCAAAUAUGAGGAGAUGUAUCCCCCAGAGAUUGCAGACUUUGCUUAUGUGACUGACCGCGCUUACACCACUGCUCAGAUCCGGGACAUGGAAAUGAAAAUCUUGAGGGUCCUCAACUUCAGCUUUGGUCGCCCACUGCCCCUCCAGUUUCUCCGUAGAGCUUCCAAAAUUGGAGAGGUCACUGCAGAGCAUCACACUUUGGCUAAAUACUUUGUGGAGCUCACCAUGGUAGACUAUGAGAUGGUUCACUUCCCGCCUUCUCAGGUGGCAAGUGCUGCCUUCGCCCUCACGCUCAAAGUCUACAGCUGUGGCGAAUGGACUCCCACGCUGCAACACUACAUGGGCUAUGCAGAGGAAAGCUUGGUUCCAGCUAUGAGGCACAUUGCCAAGAAUGUCGUCAAGGUGAACGACGGCCUCACAAAACACUUGGCUGUGAAGAACAAAUACUCCAGUCAGAAACAGAUGAGAAUUGCCCUUAUUUCUCAGUUGAAGUCUUCUCUAAUCAAGAACCUUGCCAAAGAAGUCUCUUCGUGAGAUGUGCGACUUUGGCACAAUGUGCUGACUGUACAAAGUGUAACUAUUUCAUGUUUUUAAGCCUUUUUUAUUGACUCUGAUGUACAAUCUGACUGCCCUCAUUAUGCAUAACAGUGUUUUUCAAUCACUAUGUUCUUGUUCAGAUUUGAUAUGCUUUUAAUAAACCUUUUAAUCUCA